AUGGAUAAAUGGAACCAAACUUCACAUGAUUUUAUUUUGUUAGGGCUGUUUCCUCCUAACCAGACUGGCCUACUUCUCUUGUUGCUUGUCAUCUUCAUAUUCUGCCUCGCUUCUGUGGGUAAUUUGACCAUGAUUCACCUCAUACGUGUGGACGUCCGGCUGCACACACCCAUGUACCUCCUCCUCAGCCAGCUGUCACUCAUGGACCUGAUGUACAUCUCCAGCACUGUCCCCAACAUGGUGGUCAACUUCCUUUCUGGCCGGAAGAGCAUCUCCUUGCUGGGGUGUGGGGUGCAAAGUUUCUUCUUCCUGACGAUGGCAUGCUCCGAAGGGCUACUCCUGGCCUCCAUGGCUUAUGACAGAUUCGUGGCCAUCUGCCACCCUCUCCAUUACCCCAUCCGCAUGAGCAAAAGAAUGUGUGCAAAGAUGGUCGCAGGGUCUUGGAUCCUGGGCUCCAUCAACUCCCUGGCACACACAGCCUACCCCCUUCAUCUUCCCUACUGCAGGUCCAGGGCCAUCAAUCACUUCUUCUGCGAUGUCCCAGCCAUGCUGCCCCUGGCCUGUGUGGACACCUGGGUCUAUGAGUACAUGGUUUUUGUGAGCACCAGCAUGUUCCUCCUCCUCCCUUUCCUUUGCAUUACUGCUUCCUAUGCACGGGUCCUUUUUGCCAUCCUCCACAUGCACUCCAAAGAGGGAAGGAAAAAGGCCUUCACCACAUGCUGCACACAUUUGACUGUGGUGACUUUUUACUAUGCUCCUUUUGUGUACACUUAUCUGCGACCUAGGAGUCUCCGCUCCCCAGCAGAAGACAAGAUCUUGGCCGUCUUCUACACCAUCCUCACCCCUAUGCUAAAUCCCAUUAUCUACAGCCUGAGGAACAAGGAGGUGCUGAGGGCUAUGGAAAGAGUGUUUGGGAUGUUCUUUUCCAAGAAGAAAUGA